GUCUUUGUGUGUUCAGUGUUUAGUUCAUUUGCCUUUGUGUGGGUGUUACGAAUUUGGAUUAGCGGUGUGUUCGCCUGAUUAAAACGGUAUGUUGAAGAUAAUGACAAUAUAUACGACUGGUUGAAGUGGCAGAAGUUUAACCUGAAGAAGUGAGUUGAAACACGCAUAUGGAAAUUUUACCUUUAACUUGAGUUGUAGAUAAAGGCGUACGUUUUUAAGGUGGCCACUUAUGACCCAGUUUGUUAGAAAAGUCAACCUUUUUAAGACCUUUGAUGGAUUGCUUGGUAAUUGUAUUGAAAAUUAAUUUUUUUCAUAUCAAAAACGUACCUUUUUUAGUAGCGCUUACUUUUAAGAUUGAAUUCUUUUGUUACAAAUUUUAAUGGUUAAAUAUUUGCGCUGAGAAAUGAAAUAUUUCAGAUGAGUUCUGGCUGCGUUCCCUACUCUGCUACUAUUGAAGUUCCUCACUCUUCACCCCAUUUAACUUUUCCAAGAGUACUGCACUUAUGCCAGACAUUUUUCCUGGGAAUCUUUCUCUUUGCCUCGAUAAAUGACUUUGUCCGGUAAUUUGCCUUUAUGUUGAGCAACUCCCCGUCACUUUUUUAGGGGAUUCCCACACCCUCUUCCCGUGUAGCGGAUAAUUAUGUCAUGCUAAACAUUGUCUCACACUCGACGGUCUUCCUCCUUCGCCCACACUGACUGGGUUUAUGGAAUACUUAGCGAACAAAGUUGUGAAGACAACAACGUUCCCCCUUUCCAGCAAUUAGACGCCAUUUCCAUUAGCGUUUAACCAUUUAACAUUUUUCUACUACAUCGUUUAUUUUUUUAGUUGGUUUGUUCAACAAGUCUUCACACCUGCCCACAUUUUGAGCAAAUAUAUUUGAGCAGGGGAGCGGGAAAAUAAAACGAAAAAAGAAGUUGUACGGGAAAAAAUCUUGUCACUUGUUGCCAAUUAAGAGGAAAAACAACGAACACAGCCUGAGGACCCUGAUGAUCGUACAUCAAGUGGGGUCGGCAUGUACAGUAUGCCUGCCUGUCUGUCUGUUUGUAUACUCGAAUAUGUUGCUAUAUAUGCCUGAUUCUCCAGAGGACCCAAAGCGGUCAACGUCUGACGCUGACGCCGCAGCUGCUUCAAUUAGCUCAGUCUGUUUAUUUGCAGAUUUCUUUUGCAGCUUUUGUUUUGAUUUUCCUUUGGCUUUUUUUUUCUUGUUGUGCUCAAAUGUGCAGAUUUUUUGCUUGGUUUGGCACAUGUGAAAAAAGGCAGGCGAGGCGAUCCAAAAGGAAUCAUUUUCUUCAACUGUUUAAUUGCAGUUGCCUUUAGUGCGUUGCUGCCGAUGUUGUUGUUGUUGUCUGGCUGCCUGGCUUUUGCAUUUAAUUACUUUGUUUAUGGCCCCGGCAGCAACAAUAAAACUUCAAUUUAUGUGUGUUCUUUUUGGCACCCCGCCCCUCUUUUACCACCCUUCCCCUUGUGGAAGUCGAAUUCCAAUGCACAAAUUGACAGGCAUGCCCACAUUCACCAUAUAGCCACCCCCAAUAACCCCAACCCCUUCCCCUUUUUGCUGGCCUUUGUUAUGUAAACAACGCGAACUUUAUAUUUUUUGUGUCGACGCUGCAAUACUAAAACCAACUUAACUCAACUCGCCGCCCUGCCACCCAAAAAAUACAACAAAUACAAAAAAAAGAUGGAGGAAAAGAAAGGGAAAACCACCCACAAUUCGCAUUCUAACUGAAGGCAAAAGUUUUUCCUUGCACAAAUAACUCGACUUCUGCGACUCAACUCGCUUUGAAUGCUUUGCAAUUUCCGCUCUUCUAAAUUUGUUGAAAAUAUUUUCGCCUCCCGGAACCCCCGGAAAAGCGAGAAAAACUUUUCUGCUGUGCGGGCGAGCAGCGGCAGCAACAACAACAACGGGACAGCAACCCAUGACUGACUGCCCAACCUUGCGUAAUAUUUUAAUAAAUUUUGUCGCCAGGCUCUGGGGGCUCCCACGCACUGGAGCGAGCGAGACAGACACGGAGCGUGCGAGCGAGAAGGCAGCGCACAAUACAAACUCUGAUUGCUGCCACUAACCUUUGUCCGAUUUCCGUUCGCCGUUCCUGUUGUUCGGCGCCUGCGUCCUAAUUAAAAACGCAGGCAAAAAGUAGGAUAAAACCAACAAAAGUGCGUCGAACCUGUCAAGCAAAAAAAAGGAAAGCACAGGAAGAAAACGAUUGUAGUGAAUCAGAAGUUUCGAAUUUAGUUUAUCAAUUCGAUCUAUAAAAAAAAUCGGAAAAACACAAACUGUUAUUUAAAAUGUUUUUUUCUAAGAAAAUAUAAGUAAAAUAAUAGUUAAAAAAGCAUUUGUAUUCUGUAUAGAAACAAACAUUAUUUAAUGAUUUAUUCAUAAAAUUUUGAUAAAUCUGAACAUUUAUUUUGUGAACAUAAGAAACUUAUCACAUAGAAAAGAAGGACGUUAGUUACGAUAUAUGUAUAUAAACAAAUAAAACCACUCUGUCCCAUGUUUAUUUUAUUUUUCCGUGUGCGAGGAUCAACUAAGCAGCAGGACAUGGGCUGUCAGUUGAUUCCUGCGACGGAGUGGAGUGCGCUCCGUUGGAAUUUCCAUGUCAAAGCAGAUUUUCUAACUGAUUUCAUGUCCAGCGAUUUGAAGCGCUCAACAAUUUCCAGUUUGCCAGGCAAGUGGCCGCGUCCCGCUCGCUCCGAUGUCCUGUUCCUGUUUCUAAGCCCGCUCCUGCUCCUGCUCGUGCUCCUGCUCCUGGCUGUAUGAUGGCUGAUGGCGUUGGCGGCGGCGCCCACUGAUGUGGUAAUAAACACCCCUUGUGCAGUCUAAUGGACCGUAAUUAACUCGUGCGCCGACUGCGACUGCUACGUCGACUGAGGCAGCGACAGAGACGUCGUCGUCGUACAAGCGAUGAAUAAUAAUUUUUUGCCAAAGCCACAGAGCCGUAUAGUCGUCCAAUCCGUGGACAACACAACAGGACCCAUAGAAAAAACCCCCCACUCCCCUUGUUCCACAAGGCCCAAGGCACAGUGGUAACGAUUGCCGAUUUAAUGGCCAAUAAUUUUCGGGGCCUGAUCGCCGGCCAUUCGCAUCGCAUUUACAUAUGUAACUGGCCAACAGGCAAACACCGUCCAGAUGGUGGAAAUUACUUAUCGCUUGUCAUUUCGGGUAAUCACUGUUCCACAUAUUAUGUUCGAUUAUGAGGCAAUCUUUAUGUCCACAGCAAGUUGUUGAUUAUGUGCUGCGUUGAUAUACAUAUUUGCUUUCGACUACUUUUAUGAGAUAUGGGAUAUGGAACACUUUAUAUUAGGCGAGAACAGAUGUCAACAAAACAGAGAUGGUAAUUUGACCAAGGAGAGAAUUAUUACCAGAUUAAUGUGCAUGGUUUUAUGGUUGACAUAUAGAAGACUUAAUUUGAUGUCAUUAGCUAUGAUAUGUAUUCUAAGACUAGUGUCGAAAGUGUAAUAUAUGUAUAUCCUAAUGAAAUAUUGAUAUAUAAUUUAAACGAUAUUAAGAUACCAUUACCCGAUUAGCGUAUUUAUUAUCCGCAAUCUGGUAAUAUAACUCUUCAUUUAGUGUUGCGAUUAGAGACAAAAAUAAACUCUAAAUUAUAAAGAUGUUAAUUUUGGUUCAAUAUUCUUCUUGGAUCCAGCUUAACAAUAUAUAAUACUGAACAACAAACGAUUAUACAUGCCACUUGAGGUUGUUUUCCGCUCCUUAAAAGGGCUUUGAAAAAAACUCCUAUUCAUUGAGUUUAUGAAAUCAGCUUGUCAUAACCCUUUUCGGAGACAAUUACCUCUUCUGGUGGAACCGAUUCUGGCCAUUGUACUCUCUGCGGCUCCAGAUUACCAUUGUUGUUGCUGCUGGUCAGGGUGUUGCUGCUGCUGAUGUUGCUGUUGCUGCUGUUGCUGUUGCUGCUGCCGUUGCUGCUGCUGUUGUUUGCGUGACGGAUAUUGCCUUGUCACUUGCAUGUACGAGAAAUGUUAAAACGUGGAGCCGCUUGGCUUGGGUUUCAUCGGCUUUUCCUUUUUUUCCUCCUGGCUCGCUUCCCCACAUCAGUCCACUCAGGACUGAAUCUCCACUUCGCCCGCUCCUCGGUUGUUACCCCUUUUUCGACCAGCGACCGCAGCAACCGCAGAGCGGCAAUCAACGCACAGCAGCAACAACAACAACAACAACGACAACAGCAACAACAACAACAGGCAAACGGGCAACAACAUUUAACCAGUCACUGAGUUUUUGUACCGUUCGAAAGUUGUGCUAAAAUUUAAUUAAUUUCGCAAUUUGCCUAGACGCUGUCGAUUGUAGAUUGUCAAUUGCAGGCUCGUCGACCAAUUUCUAUCUUUCGAAAGGCAACCCCCCCUCGAUUUGCGCUUUUUGUGCUUCUCCGCUGCGGCUGCCGAAAAAUUAUGAUGAUUGCCAUCAUCAUCAUCAUCAUCGUCGUCCUCGUCGUCAUCAACAUACCGCUGGCUGCACUCCUUGCACGUAAUACCCAUAGACGUACUCGUAAUACCCCACACUAAGCGCGGGGCGUGGCAAAUGGGCGGCGAUUUAGCCAUGGCCAUUAUAAAUACCAAUUUAAUGAGCGCAACAUAUGCAACGGGCACAAUCCAGGGGCGCAGGGCAACUCGCGGAGGAGGGGGAAGUUGCAGCGGCGAACGUUUAAUGCGAUUACAUGGCAGCGGCACAUUUGUCAUCGGGGUAGAGUCGCCCAGUAACGGGCGUACACUGAGCCGAAUUCGGAAUGGACAGGGACUAAUCACUUCGAUAAUUAAAUAAUAAAUUACUAAUGGGCUUAACGUUAAAAAGCUGCGGUUAAAAUGCAUUUUGGUAUGGAGUAGUCACUAAAGAUAAUUUUUAAUUCAUUAAGGGGUUGUGUUUCGCCAGUAAAUCAAUACUGAAGUGUAGAAACAAGUUAUAUUAAAAAAGCAAAUUUCGUAUGACGUGAGAUAUCUUUAUUUAAAGGUAGUUUUAAAUUCGAUUAUUUUCUGCAAGUGUCUUGGGUUCUAGUGCGAAUUUUAAGUGUUGCACUGUAUGCUACUUUAUAGUUUAUGUAAGUUUUUCGCAUUUAUGAUGUUAUAUUUCAUGCACUUUUUUAUGAGCAGAUUUUAAAGCAGAUUAAAGCCGAGUUAUGUGUUCUUUUGAUGGAAUUAAUAGGCUGUUUACGCAAGCUGUAACGAUUAGAAGUGAUAUCUAAGUGUUUCAAGUGGCGCCCGAUGGGAACUGCAGUAAGUCUUAAUCCGCAUAAUUGCGGCAAGUGCAGUCAGUGGCCCCCUGUGAACUUCGGCUGCAACUUUCAACUUGCAACUCGCAGCUUGCAACAUGCAUCUGCGCCUGUGUUUCCAUGUGUGUGUGUCAGCUUAAACAAAUCAAGUCAAAUUACUGCAAUGCUAAACAAGCGAGCAGAGGAAGCAGGAGAAGAAUCUGUGGCAAAACAGCAAACGAAACGAAAUGUAACGAAGCAAAACAAAAUGAAACUGGCGUACCAGCCGCAAGGUUUCGCAUCCGUAAGAUAGAUUUUGCUGCUGCAGAUGCUACUGGUGCUACUGCCGCUGCCACGCCAAUUGCAUGGCCAUCGUGCAUAACUCCGGCUGGAUUGUCUGGGGCUUUUGGGGUCUAUGGUCGGUCCUGUUCUCUGGUUUUAGUCCGACAUGCGGGCCACUGCAGUAGCAUCGGCAGUAGCAGUGGCAGUGGCAGUGGCAGCGGCAGUGGCAGUGGCAAACGCGGUCGAAAUGUGGAAGUAAGAGGGGCUCCAGUCGCCGCUCAUUAAGUGCCACUCUACGACAGUUGUCGCUAAUGCCGCCGCAUCGUCCCGAUUCCCCCUCCUCUUUCCCCUUUCCCCCAUCGAGUCAACGUAAAUUUGCAAAUAUUUGCUCGAAUCGGACGAGAGCAAGUGCCACCAUGUGAAGCAGUUGAUGCUGCUGCAGCAGGGCACAAAAAUUCCUGGAAUUGCUGCCCCGGCGCGGGCUUAAAUGAGUGUUAGGCGCAAGAGUUGCAAAUGCGCCGGGGCUCUGCUCUGCAAAUACGUCUGCUCUCCAACUUCAUCUCCUUGAAAGCGGCAUGCCCUUCCGCUCGAGGGCCUAAAGAAGUUUGGCACUUUAAAUGCCAAAUGCCAGCCGGGAAACCAAUCUCCACUAAUCCCGUCCCCGGGUCCUUCCAUCACUCUCCCCAAAGCAGUCUGUUGCAAUUAUUCCCGCCUGGCAAGACCCACCUGAGGCCAUCGUCGAAUCUCUUUUUCAUUUCCUUUAUGGCCAACCGCAUAUGGCGGGCAUGGCUAUAGCGUAUAGUUAAGUUAGUGCCACUCCCCGCCCUCUUUGAAAAAUUUCCAACAAUUGUCAUAUUAUACUUUUAGGUUGUUCUAUUCACUUGGUUCACUCCAUUGUCCUCCUGCGUUCACGUGGCCACUCCCUGGUUUCCCUUUUGAUAACCAUGUCGGCGAAGGGCGCCACUUGCACCCUGUGUACCUGCAGCUGCAACCUGGAUGGUUCGACAGCGAGGAGUGCUCGAAACAUAUACGAAAUCUGUGGCAUUGUGCUCAAGGCACAGUUUAUAAUCCAGUUAAAGUGAACCAUUAAACUAGAAAACUUCAUAAGUCGCUGCGCAUAUUAAGUUUCAUUAUCUGACGCUUAGGAUAUGAAAUUAUCCAACUGGAACACUUUUUUCUAAGAUGUUCAGAAAUUCGAUCUUUCUAAAUUAGGAUGGCCAACGUUUUGGGUUUACCUUUUAGGGGUGUUAGAUAUUUGCUUUCGAGGUCACCCUUUAUUAAAGUUUUUCUUUUCCCUAAACCAAAUUUAUAAGCAGCUAAUUAGGUAUUUUAUUUCGCUUUGGAGGUCAGGUGGGAUCACAUUUUAAAUGGGCUCUCCUUGUUCUAUUUCUUCCCGCAUAUCUGAAAAUUUAAGAAGUUGACAGCCAAGUGUGAGAACUUUUAUGGCCACUACGGGGGUCACCACAAAGAAUAGAUUUAAUUUCGAACUUGGGGUCAUCUUGGGGAGAGAAAGUUGAGCCAUUUGGCUAACAGUUUGGAAUGGUCUCCGGCAGAAGAGGUGUCACCACUUGACGGGGUCACCCCUCAAAUGGGGUCACCCAACAGGCGUUUUUCAGACAUUUAAAGCCACUUGCAAGAUGUCAACUCAACUUGACUUGCCCCAAAAAAAAAAAAAAACGAGAAGAGAAAGAGCAUUCCAAUCCAUAUCCAAGUAAGAAAUCAUCCCUGGCUUCUCGAGCAACCCUCGUGAGGACUAGGAUCAAAACUGCCGGAGUUUUGCCUUCGAAGCGGGGCGGUUAAUGACCAUUCAUUGUCUUACCUGACCCACUUGUUCCACUGCCUCCCGAGUGGCCCGAGUUCGGUGAGUCAGCCGAGCAGAGCCUCGAUGUGUAAUUUGUAUUUAAAAUGCAACAAACCAUAAUUUUAAAGUCGCCGCUGUGCGUGCAGUUUGUCAAAAAAAGGCGGUGGGCAGGAUGAUGGAGAGCAGGCAACCUACGGUGCGACCGAGGAAAAACGGAAUGAAAUUAUUAAGUAUUUGCCUGGGCCGCGGCAGUUGGAGGAACAAAGGCCAAAGCUUUUAAAUAUUUAAUAAGUAUACAAAAAUGGAGGAGUCGGCGGGAGCAGAGCGAAGGGACAUUCGCCUGUUGUUGAGUCAUGUCAAUUGACUGACUGAGUGCCCCGCUGUGGCGAGGGAAAUGGAAGUGGAUGCGAGAACGGGAGUGGGAGUGGGAAUGGCAGCGAGUGGGGAACGGGAAUGGAAGUGGAAUCAAUACCAUGGAUGGCCGCCUGCAGGGUUCCCGAGUACUUGUAAGGAUAUACACACACAUACACACACACACUCUCUGACGCACUAACGGUGACAAUAAAUGAGUAAAAAUGACUUCAACGAAACGAAAAUGAAACGACAAACCAAACGACCGACCGUCCGACGGGCAGACGGACGAAAUCUGUCAUCAACACGCCGCCAGUGAAGAGCAAAAGAUACGAAGUGAACCUGGCUGGAUACGACGCACUCACAGAUACCCACGCACACCCAUGAAAUUUGAUACGAUGCGUGUGCGUCAGUUGGAGUGAAAUGGGAAGGGGACACAGGACACAGGACAGUCCAAAGAAAUUUCCAUUUAAUAAUUUCAGUCGUCUGUUCUUGGGUAUUUUCCAGCAAUCUUCCAUUAAAUUUAAUAUAAAGUUAAAAUUAAUUCAUGCAUGAUUAACGCGGAAAUAAUGGGGGCCUUUUAUGUCAAUUUAGUUUUUGAUAUCCAGAUCAUAAACGCAAAAGUGGUCAAGAUUGGGUAAAACUACCAUUUCCCGAAUCAUUAAAAAGUUAUAAUCUUAAAUUUUAAUAAUACCAAAACUUAGGCUACAUUUAGCCCUUUUCGUAUUUGUAAAUUAGAAAAGCAGUGGUCAUCGAUACUUCAUUAUGUGCACAAGGUUUAUUCUCUUGCUUCAUUUUUUGAUAGCCAUGUACUUGGCUAAAGAAGCAGUAUCUUUAUUGGUCUUGAGGAAUAUCAAGUGUCAGACUUUGGAUGAAGAGUUUUCUAAUUUCGAAUAUUGUAUUUUGAAAUCUGUAAACAGGACGUACAAGUACAUUUCCCUAAAAGUGAAUCUUUUAAAAGUUCCAAUUUCUAGUGUUCAGGUCAACGUGGAACUAUUUCAAAGACUUAAUGGAUAUAAACCCUUUUUGUACAAUAUAACAAUAGAUGCUUGCAAGUUCUUUAAGAACCAAAAAUCCAACCCCGUCGCCAGUUACUUCUACGAUUCUUUCAAAAAAUUUUCCAACAUUAAUCAUUCCUGUCCCUACAACCAUGACCUUGUGCUGGAAAAGCUCUCUGCCGAUUUUUUAAAUCAUCGCUUCACUAAAAUUCUACCUUUUCCAAAGGGAGAGUAUAUGAUCCAAAUGAAUUGGUUUGCCUACCACAUCAACCGAGCUCAAUUUCAAUUGCACUUUGUCCUGUCUUGAUAACAAUAAAUAUACAUACCAUAUAUACACCAUUCUGACUUAAUAAAUUAAAGAACGUUUAAUGAAACCAUAUAAA